AUGGCGACGGACAGCUCUUCUACCGCCUUGAUGAACCGAUUCACAACGAAUCAAGACCAACAAACAGCUAUUCAAUUCGCUUUUUUUAAUGCACUUUUAUUCGUUCUGACAGGAAUAUGCCUCUGCGGACUGCUUGCUUUGUACAAUAUGAUGUACAUGUUUCUGUCACCAAUGUUGUGGGCAGUACUUGUUGGUACUGUAUUGUUCCCGUUCAAAAAGAAAGUGACCGAUGUUGUCCAAGGAUGGUUGAGUAGAAUACAGGAGAAGAAUCAAACUUUAGUGGUUGGGCUUAUAACAAUGCCAUUUUGCAGCUUUCGAGACUUCUCCGAGUUCAUUUAUACAACGUUUAUGAGUCGCACGGGAUUACAAGUGGCCAUCGCAUACAUCGUCUUAAAGCUCCUCACUUACGAACGCACUUUCGUGUAUUUGAUUAGUUGUGCUGGCGAUAUCUACAGCAUGAUUGAUAGCUUCAUUGUUUUCUUCUCCAAACCUUGGGUGCUCCCCGUAAUCUUAGUCUACUUCUGCGCCUAUGCGGCCUGGAUUUACGUACAACAACCUGGAGCAGUGAACAAAAAACUGGCUCGUGUACUUUCUCUGCCAGUGUGGCUCUACGCUCUUUCGUUUAUGUCAUUUUACUUCGGCGUCUUCCGAGCGGCAGUGUUCAGUGCUUCAGGUGCAGUGCUUGGAGCUUUGUCGGCCGGUGCUUGGGUUGUGGAUAAUGGGACUGAACAUAAAGAUGACGACGAGGUUAAGCUCAUCAAAGAAGAAGAGCCAGUUAAAAGUAAACCUCCAGCAGAUGACUCUGCAUCCGUUGUCUCCAUUGACAAGGCACUUGGUAGUGAUAAACUCAUCCUUAUAAUCGCUGCUUUAUGUGCACUCUCGUGGAUUGUUCGUCACGACAACGCCUUGCUAAUUGUAAUAAUUCCCUUCAUUUUUGCUGCGUUCGGGAGACUAGGGUCUAACAGCGGCGUCUUUGCGGCAAUUGGUGGAGCAUUGUCUUCUGUAUGGGAGCGCAUUUACCCACAGGCUAAGAAACUCGUGGAUAUCACCGUUGCGGGUUCUUUGCGACAGUUCGUCAAGGUGCUCUUCACCUCCGAUCAGAUGUUGGUGUCUUCUCUCUACGCAAAGAUGGACGUGCUAUCGUCUGUGGUUGUUAUGCUUCUUUUGGCAUUUUCUGCUAUUUCCGGAUUGAUAUUCGUUGGAAUUCAGCUGCACAAUGAAACGGUUCAUAUUGCUCGCCUUGCUUCGAAUGUUGUCAACUCUCGUCCAGAUUGGGUGAAUGCGGCAAUGAAUUUCACUGAGGAUAAGCUGGAGGAUCAUCAAAUUGACAUCAAUAAUUACGUAGAACAGGCCUAUCAACAAGGUCGAGCUUGGCUGGCUUCGAAUGUGCGAGCAUUGGCAGAUCCUAAGGAUACUGUAAGAGCAGAUAUGCUUGAGGCGCAAGUAAAGCAGAUUGUUGAUAACCUGUACAAGAUGUGGGAGCAGAGGAAUAUCCCUCAACCGGAAUCUACAACUACGCAAGUUCGCGUUGAUUGGAAGACCCAAUUGAUGUCAGUCACAGAUAUACAUGCUCUCAAGCAGGAAAUCACUUUGAUUGUACAGGAAAACAUGGACACCUUGAUGAACGUAGCGCGAUCCCUGUGGGCUGUAGUUGCUACAAAUUUGACUUUCAUCAUUUCUUUACUUGGUGCUUUUGCUGGUCUCAUUCUCGACUUUGGAAUGGAUAUUAUCAAUUUAGUCAUAGAGAUAAUCGUCUUCCUUACUAUGGUUUAUUACCUUUUGUCCGCCUCUCGCGAUCGUUGGCUUCCAAUCGAAUGGAUGAGUAAUUUGGCAGAAUUGGUAUCGGUGUCUGACUCCCAAUCAAGAGCUGCUAGAAACGCGGUGUAUUCUAAGCCUGCUUCAGCGGUAUCCACUUACGAUGUGACUGCCGCUUUCGAACAGGCCAUUUUCGGCGUUUUUGUUCUUUCGUCGAAGAUGGCUGUUUUUUACGGUCUCUACACGUAUUUUGUGCACAGUCUUUUUGAUCUUAACGUGGUGUUUGUUCCAUGCAUGCUCGCUGCUCUCUUCGCUGCCAUCCCAAUCAUGCCUCCAUAUAUUGUAUGCAUUUUUGGAGUCUUCGAAUUAUGGCUGGCGCGUAGUGAAUUGUCUGCCGCGAUAGUAUUCGCUUUGAUGUCAUUCGCACCGCAAAUGUUCGCUGAUGUCACAUUCUACAGGGAAGUCAAAUUUUCUCAUCCUUACGUAACUGGUCUAUCUAUCAUCGGUGGCAUGUAUUGGCUUGGACUACAAGGUGCUAUAAUUGGACCGAUUGUUCUUUGUUCGUUCUUGGUACUCAUCAACGUCUUCAUGCAGUAUGCAGGACCCAAAGGAGAGAAAGUGAAAACUGGAUGA